CGCGUCGUUCGGCGGCCGUGCUUUGCUGCCUGGCGCCCGGGGUCCUCGAGUGUUCCCCAUUGGCUUCUUCUCCCUUUCCGCCCCGGACUCAGGGUCGCCACUGCCCCCAUUCCAGGCCCUCUCCAACCCCUGCGCAGGCCGAGCUGGCGCGGCGCGUACCCUCUGACCCCGCGUUACACAAUGCCCGACCAAAGUCCCCGGGCGUGUGAACCCCAGCGUCCCUGCCCCUGGGCGGGGACGGGCGGCUGCCGCGCGGGGAGCCGAGGCGGCGAGCGCAGCCGGCUCAGUGCACGGGCCCCGGUCCCCGGCUUCCCCGCGAGCUGCAGCCGCAGAGCCCCGCGCCGCUCGGCCCCGCCGCCAGCCGCCCCCCUCGCAGGCCGCCGCCGCCGCCGCCGCCGCCGCCGCAGCCAUGGCGGAAGUUCAUAGACGUCAGCAUGCCCGGGUUAAAGGAGAAGCCCCCGCGAAAUCCUCCACACUCAGACAUGAGGAGGAGCUGGGGAUGGCGUCGGCCGAAACGCUGACCGUGUUCCUGAAGCUGCUGGCCGCCGGCUUUUACGGCGUGAGCUCCUUCCUGAUCGUGGUGGUCAACAAGAGCGUGCUCACCAAUUACAGAUUUCCCUCCUCACUAUGUGUUGGACUUGGCCAGAUGGUGGCCACAGUGGCAGUUCUCUGGGUGGGAAAGGCGCUCAGAGUAGUCAAGUUUCCUGACCUUGACAGAAAUGUACCUCGAAAGACGUUUCCACUACCUCUACUAUAUUUUGGGAACCAAAUCACGGGACUGUUCAGCACAAAGAAACUGAACUUGCCAAUGUUUACAGUUCUGAGAAGGUUCUCCAUCCUGUUUACAAUGUUUGCUGAAGGAGUUUUACUCAAGAAGACUUUUUCUUGGGGUAUUAAGAUGACUGUAUUUGCAAUGAUUAUUGGAGCCUUUGUAGCUGCCAGCUCUGACUUGGCAUUUGACCUGGAAGGAUAUGUUUUUAUUCUGAUAAACGAUGCCCUGACAGCAGCAAAUGGUGCCUACGUAAAACAAAAAUUAGAUUCAAAAGAGCUGGGAAAGUACGGUCUGCUCUACUACAAUGCACUGUUCAUGAUUCUGCCCACCAUGGCCAUUGCAUAUUUUACGGGAGAUGCACAAAAGGCAAUGGAUUUUGAUGGCUGGGCUGACACCCUCUUUCUUCUACAGUUCACCCUCUCCUGUGUGAUGGGAUUUAUCUUGAUGUACGCUACAGUGCUCUGCACUCAGUAUAAUUCUGCUCUUACAACUACAAUAGUUGGCUGUAUUAAGAAUAUAUUAAUAACUUACAUUGGGAUGGUCUUUGGUGGAGAUUAUAUUUUCACGUGGACAAACUUCAUUGGCUUAAAUAUCAGCAUUGCUGGGAGCCUGGUGUAUUCCUACAUCACUUUCUCUGAAGAGCAGCUGAGCAAACAGUCAGAGGCCAGUAACAAGCUGGACGUUAAGGGGAAAGGAGCAGUCUGACCAGAGACUCGCGUCAGCUACAUAGGCCCAAGUUUUUGAUCAAUUUGGAACACUGGAGAUUCUGACACAGAUACCGAGGUUCUUGAUUACGGAGAAAAUACCAUUCCUUUGCACUUGUACAAUCUGAGGAUUGAUUGCUGCCUUUUAAAAUUUUAUGAGAGAAAGAAUUGACUCUUUUAAAUAUGCCGUUUGAAUUAAUUUAUAUCAGACUGGAAAAUGUACUGGGCUUUUUAAUUUAUUUUUCUUCUGUGCCGACAGUGAGACAUCAGUGUUUUGAAAAUAUUUUAUUCCAUAGUUUGAUAUUCAGGUGUCCCUGAGAGCUGCAUCUAUAAAGUGCUCCAGCUGAAGCCCGUCGUGCACAUCUUCACUGCGUCGGAAGGCACUUUAGUCAGAAAUGCAGCCAAGUAUCUGAAGUGUCUCUUUUCUAAAUUUUCUUUCUUAACCAUUGCAAUUUCUUUGUAAGGAUAUCAUCACUGAUUUCGCCAAAGAUGACACCUUUGGCACCAAGGAAACAUGUGGGGCUUUGAAGUGUAUUGGCUUCCACAUUGGCCUCGCUUACACCUCAUGGGACAAGCAGAGUGCAUUCCUUGAAAAUACGCUGUUCCCUUUUUGUUGUAUAGGAUGGGGGUCAUGAUGGGAUGGAGAGAGUACGCCCUUUCCUCAUUCAUUCAUCUGUCUGAUUCAUUCAUCCAACUAAACUAUACUGAGUAUGUAAUAUGUGCCAGGCAUUGUGCUGAGUGUGCUGGGGUGGGAAGGAGGUGUUUCUGGAGGUAAUUGCAUGAUCUCGCUCCUGCUAUAGUGACUGAAGGGAAGACAGAGAACUGAGCUCUGUUGAUUUAUUCAGAAGACGUUGUGACUGUGAGCAAGUCACAGAAACUUUUUCAGCUCUCAGAAAUUGCAGAUCUGUAAACGGGGUUGGAAGCCCCUGUCCAGCAGCCCCACAGCCAUGGGAAACCAAGCGCUACCAUGUAGAUCAAAUGCAUGGGAAAAGCUGCAUGUGUAAAUAAACCACGCAGCUCAGCCUUCUCGGAGUGAGGAUGGCGUGCAGGAAGGUGACCACCAUCUGUUUCCCCAUGCUUCCCGCCUCUGGGUUUGGUUGCUACCCUUCUUACUCCUCUUUGAAUCAGUAUGACUAGGUCUCACCUUUCUGAACGUAUGGGUUUGAGGGGAAAGGCUGGUUAGAGGUUUUGGGUUGUCGAGGCUUGACUUUGUCUGGCCGUGUCAGUGUUGGAGCCAUCACCUUUCUCCUUAAAGGUCGCGAGCGUACUUCUUUCCUUUGGCCACUCCCGCCUACAUCCCAUGUCCGUCGGUCACUUACUGAGCAUGCCUGCUUCUCCAAAGACCAGUGCCCCAUCCUGGGAGAGCAGCUGCGGAUGGGCAUUGUCUGAAUUGGCCUCUUUGGGUGGAUCAAGUAUUACAUCAAACACAGUAGCAUGACUUGGCUUUAGAGACAUCCACUGACUUGGUACCUGAGUGUCUGCUCAGGCCAGCUGUGCAGUCAGUGUACGGGGUACACUGUGUUGCGCUGGUGCACACGCUAGCUUCUGGUUCAUUAGAUUUGCAAUCUACUGGUCUCUGUUGACCUAAACAAUCAGUGUUUUAGUGCCUCAGCAGGGGACUUGGAAGGUUUUGAUUUCUUUUUAUUUUUGAAAAAGAAUAAUAUCGAGGUCAUUUUCAUAUUCAUAUGUUUCCCUUAUUUUGAUUUGUCUUUAUUAGAGUCUGGUCAGUGGUGCUGGGUUCCUAGAGUUAACCACAUGGCCAACUGCCAAGUUACAAACUGCACGUAAGAGGUCCUGAGGCUCACUUUUUUCCCAGUAUUAUGUGAGCUGAGAAACUUCCAGUGGGAGAGUGGGAUAUUGUCUUGUGUUAGAUGGUUUUAUUGUCCACAUUUUACCAAUGAGAAACAAGACUCAGAGAAAGUUAGGUGACUUUCUAAUAAGUCAAAAGUCAUGCUUUUUCCACUGAACCAUGCUGCCGCUGACUAACUGCCCUUCUCCUUUGAGUGAGUGAGGAAACAGGGGUGCUAGCCGAACCGGCUUGAGCCCUUUCAAGGAGGCAAGCGGUUGACUGAGUUUGGAAUCAGAGAGGAACAGGCUUUGCACAUCAGAGUGAUGGUCGCUCGUCUGUACACCCCAGAGCUUUAUGUCCCUCCCAGGCUGGCCUCGGUUGACGUACACUCCUGCCUGUGAUGUUGCCUGCCGCUGCUGAGGUGUACCUGGGGACCGUGGAAAGGCACUGUGACAGCUAAUUUUAGCAGUUCUGUUCCUCCUUCUGUCAGCUACACGAAGGGGGAAACUUUGACGUUAGAAAUGGUUUGUGUAGUCAAAUUUCUUGUCUUGAAAGGCCUUCAGGUGUGGUGAGAGGUGUUUGACUGGAACCCCAUGAGGGGUUGAACUGCUUCUUGGGGAUCCGGUUCUUUUGAAGAUUCGGCAUCUCUCCAGGUUUACUAGAGAAAAUGCUGUUUAGUUACAGUAGCUUCACUAAACGUGCGUGACCUCAGGGCCCUGCCUGCGCUGAACUUUCUGACAGACUAGAAACCGUGGAGCAGUUUACAGCUUCUGGCUUGUCCCUGUGGAUUCCUGCAUGCCCCCUUCAACCACUGCGGACAUUUCAAGAUAAAAGAAAGAAGCCUGGGGAAGUUGGAGACUGAAUAGACUGGCCAGCCACUUGUGAAGUGUGCUUUCAUCGUGUGCAGGCUUGGUUACGGCACAGGAAGAGACUUAGCUGCUGUCCUAGCACCUUACAAGGCAAAAGUUCCUUGACCUACUGACUGUUUCCUGGGAGAAGAAGAAGCAGUAUAGAGUGUUGUCCUUAAUUUGCUCUUUGAGGCAGUUGAGCUGUGGUGAGAAUUCCAAAAGCCACAUUCUGUGACCAGUGGCGCCUCUUCUUGCAUUAAUGACAGUGAAGUCCUCUUUGGCCAGUUCAUUUUCAGUCAGUGCCAGAUUGAUACAAACAACCCUGAUCGGUCAGGCUACACGCUGCCAACAUGUCGGGUGAUUUUUACCUCCCUCUUAAUGGUCGUCAAUGUACAAGUCAGUCAUUUGUAGAAUCCAACUUGCAUGUAGGUUAGGAGAGAAAAGCACAUUUGCCAGUUUUCUGUAGUCCUGUUGCAUCAGGAAUGCAAGUCCACACCAGCAGACCUGACAUAGGACCUUCCUGGAAAAAACAGGAGAGUUUCCCUUUCGACUGGUUUGGAGCAGCUCCCAGGAUUCGGGGCCCCCCUCUGCUCUUGUCAUUGUGCUGUCUGUCGCUCAGCGAGCAAAGACUGACCCAGCGUGUUUCCUGCCAGGCAUCGUGCCGAGCUCCGGGGCGGCUGAGGUGAAGGGGACGUGGUUCUUGUUCUCCAGGGAUGUAGAAUUCUUCCACAAGCCCCUCACUGAGAGAGAGAAGCAGAUAAAGGGAGUCCAGCUUGUGAGUGAGCGUGGCCUGCGCAGCCGCAGGGCAGAAUGAAGCGCCUUUCUCAUCCUGGAGGAGCCUGGUGACUGACCCUGGCCUCCUCGCGCCGAGCCGGGUGCCAGACCGGGAGGCGUGUGGGCCGAGAAGCUGGGCCCCUCUGCCCUCUGCUGCACGCGUGCUUGCUUCCCCGUGGCUGUGGAUUCCUCCUCGUGAACAAGGCGUGCUGACUCUUCCCUGCCCGAGGGAAAAUAAUAAUAUUCAGGAUAAACCAGGUAGCAGAUGCAGACUACUCAGCACAAUGCCUAGUGCGUAUUAGAUGCUCAGCGAUGUUGUUACGUCGUCAUUUCAUGGUGAGGCCGUAGGCAUAACGAGAUUCUUUCUUUGUGUUCCUUAAAUACUAGAGGCCUGGGCCAUGAACUUCUUUGAAAAGGUCUCCCUACACUUUGUAAGUCCCUAGAAUGCCGAAGUAACGGUUUCUGUUCAUGGUCAUCUUUUUAAAAAUACCGACCUGAUAUAAUUGUGGCUAUUGUGUGAUGCAGGGGAUUCCACCUGUUUUUUUUUUUUUUAUUUAAUGGAAUUACUCUCAUAUUUCGGUAAAUUAAAAAGAAAAAAGAAAAAUUACCUUCUGUCUCAGAAGAAGACAGUGACACUUUGGAGUGGCGGCGAUACAGCGAAAGCUUUCCUGGUUUGUCACAUUAGUGUAGCUCCGGUCAGUCGGCUGUUCCUCCUUCCCUUCCCCGAGUUAGAUGCGUUCCUGUCCUGCUGCCCGUGUCCAGGGUCCAGGCUCACCGGGCGGCGGUGUCUGUGACCCCCCAGCACUGUCACUGUUUUCUCAGCCUGCCUUCUAGUUCUUGCUGAUAGGCUGCGACUUCCUCACGGUAUGAGGAGGCAGAAUAUGGUGAGGUUUUUUUUAAGCUUUCUUUUUUGAAAAUACUUUUUAAAAAGAAAUCUACUGGGUAGAUUUUUUUGUCUCACAAAAAUGUUUUCAAAUGUUAUUUUGUUCAUAGAUAUUCCUUUCUCAUGCUGAUAAUCAACUGAUUUUUGUCUACAAAUGGCCUAUCACAGUAUUUUUUCAAUAUAGAUUCUAUUUACCAAAUGACCAUUUUAGUGUUUUUAAAAGGUACUGAGGAUUGAGAUGUGUAAAUCAGGUGACAUAAAUAUGAAAAUUAUGUGCCUCAAUAUUUUUGUAAAGAUGUCAAAUAAAUACUUUUUCCUGA